AUGGCAGUUACUUAUGAUGAUGAUCAAUUGGACUUGGAUGUGGGCUAUUCACGAAACUACAAAGGACGAAACCUAGUGCAAAAGCUACUUCAUAUCGCAGAGAAUUGUGUUGCUGUUGGCCCGAUGUUCAGUGAUGAUUUGGAAUUUGAAUUCCUUCGACUUGCCUAUAAUCUUAUCCGGAAUGACGGAAUCGUAUGUGACAUGCAUUUGUUCACAGUUAUAGCUGAAAGGAUACAAGGCAAAUUAGCAGAAGGUUAUCUCUUGGAUGAACAAUGGCGUCUUACUAAGGACAACAACUUUGUCAAACAAGACAACAUUCUAAGAGACGAGUUAGAAAUAGCUACGGACGAAUUCGAAAAAGACCGUCUUGCACUUCGUCAGUAUUGCCUCCAUUACCACUAUGGCCAAAUGGCAAUCGUUUUCCGAUCAUUUACCCGGCAGGUUCAAACUGUCGAUGUUUAUAUGGCUACUCUAUUGGUGGCCCUCGAGACCCGCAACUUUGGGGAGCUUCGUCACCGAAGUGUCGAGCAAAUAGCUUACUGCCACGAAAAAGGGAGUACGUACGGGUUCAAACUCGACUGCGUUAAGUCUCUUGCGGAUCUCUUGGAAAACGAGUAUCACCCAGCUCGGAAAGGGUAA